UUGUCCCUCCUCCGCUUUACUGACCCCGCCCUACGGGUCUCCCUGGUUCUCUGCUGCAGUGAAACCGACGGUAAAAGAGAGGAGCUGAGCCAAAAUAAUCAACAAGAACCUGAAUAUCACUAGCACCGUUUUUUUGUAGAAGUGAGACACCCUUUAUUCCGAAUUUUCUUCACGUCUAAAUUUCUGGGUCAGCCUAUUUCAUCAUCCAACCGGCAAUAUGGGAAAUGAAGCAAGUUACCCCCUGGAAAUGUGCUCGCAUUUCGAUGCUGAUGAGAUUAAGCGGCUGGGAAAGAGGUUUAAGAAGCUCGACCUGGAUAACUCGGGGUCUCUCAGCGUUGAGGAGUUCAUGUCCCUGCCGGAGCUCCAGCAGAACCCGCUUGUUCAGAGGGUCAUAGACAUCUUCGAUACAGACGGAAAUGGAGAGGUGGACUUCAAGGAAUUCAUAGAGGGAGUCUCUCAGUUCAGCGUCAAGGGGGACAAAGAGUCAAAACUUCGAUUUGCCUUUCGUAUCUAUGACAUGGACAAGGACGGCUACAUCUCCAAUGGGGAGCUCUUCCAAGUGCUAAAGAUGAUGGUAGGAAACAACCUGAAGGACACGCAGCUUCAGCAGAUUGUCGACAAGACCAUCAUCAACGCAGACAAAGACGGAGACGGCAGGAUAUCCUUUGAAGAGUUCUGCGCAGUGGUCGGUGGCCUUGACAUACACAAAAAGAUGGUGGUCGACGUGUGAGCCCGUCUCCUUGCUCCUCCCCCCCCUCUUGCUUUCUUCUCCGUCGGUCUCUGAAGAUCUGCUCAAGACGUCUGGCAAACACUUUCUGUGUAUCUCAAUGGAAGUAUUCUCUCUCUCUGUGAAGCCACUUUUUUCUAAAUAAAACCACGAGCCUCGUGAAGCCAACUUUUAAGUGUUAUUGAACUCCGAUUCACUCAUCUGAAGGAGGACAGAUAUUCAAAUUUGCAAGAGCAUCCCAUUUCAACAGAGGAGGGGGGGGGUGGAACGCCCACUUGUUUAUAUUUGUCAUUUUUCGCCCACUUCUCUUUUUUUCCCAUUUUUUUGUAUUUUUUUUUUUAAAUAUAUAUUUAUUUUAGGUCUGGUCUCUUUAAAGAAAUACACAAGUACAAUGAUUAUGACUCUAAUGAGGAAAUGUGUGGUGAGCUGAGUUUUUAGAUGAAAUAAUAUACUUGAUUUCAGAUACAGUUCAAAACGUAGGGUGUGAAGUGCCAACCAGGACAUAUCCAGAAGCCAGUUCAUAUUGUUGUCAUUAUCGAUCCACAAUCACGGUCAGUUUUGGGUGACUGGCUCGGGAUUUGUCAAACGCUCGCUGCAUGAUUAAUUUUUGAAAAACAAACAGCAGUUUUUUCUGCUCCAUUUCACUCUUGAGCAGGUUAGUUUAGAUCAGCUAAACUUCAAUCGUUAAACUAUAGCACGUUUCUGGGUAACAAGUGAUAGUUUGAUUGGUAUGUUUAUAUUGUCAGAGAUUAUAACGGUUUCUUGUCAGACUUCCUGAAGAAACGAAACAAAGAAGAGCAAUGCCUGGAAAUUCAUGUCUUUGCAUACUUUUUAAUUUACAUACUUCCAAGGCACAUUUAGUAGUUGGAAUACUGUAGUUUGUGUCGAUCCACAUGCAAACGGGUGGCUAAUACCGUAGUAGUUAAAGGUGAGCCAGUUGGGUCAGAGAAGGAAAUUCCAUUGGAGAUUUAACUAGCAACUACAGAGGUGCUAGUGUCAAAACCUACAAGCCAUUGUCUGAUGUUGUGAAAUUGAGCAAGGCACUCAAUACCCGGCAGUUUGUUCCUCUGGCGCCAUAACAUGGCAGCCACCCCUUCAACGCGUCUUUCAAAGGGUUUGGGAACAAAUACAUUUCCGUUGCACCUUGCGUACAAAUUGGACAAAUGAAGGGAUUUUAAAGCACAUCUCGUGUUGAAAAAUCUUGGAUAAAACCAGAGACUUUUUCCAAGGUAUUUGUAUCUUGACAAAGAUCGUGAAUGUUAGCGAGGUAGAGUCAACAACGGUUGGGAAGCUUAUUGACACUCAACUGCAGGCGGCAUAUUCAUAUUAUUAUUUUUAAACCAAUUUAAAACGUAUACUUAAAGCAUAUAUACACUGUACAUUAGGUCAAUGUUUGCUCAUCUUCGAGAAUCCACCUGCUGCAGCUAAAUAAAAAGCAACAGCAAACGGUAAUUUAAUGCAACAGUUACUUUGAUUAGUUAAAUGUUAGCAUGAUCACCGUCCAAUAGGAUGCCGUGUUUCACGGUAUCGAGUGUGUACAUUUCAAAAGUUGGCUUCUUAAUCUUUUCCCGUCGCUCCAUCACUAUUGCCUGAUCGGCCUCUUUCUCCCAGUGGUAUUCAUAGGGAGAUAGACACAACCUUUACCAAACCACCAUUUUCAAGGAGAAAAUGGCGUCGGUUCGGAUUUAAAUGACCCGAUGGCUGGUUUGGACACCAGUGUUUUUAACAAGACAUCCAGUUGAAAGGUCAUUGGCACAAAUGGGACUCCAUUAACUAUCUAGUGCACGACUUUUAACCAUGGUCAAUAGGUUUCCGGUCAAAAGAACUGGACUACGUAGGGAAUAGUGUGCCAUUUGGGAUUGACUGUGUCCCUUCAUCGGGCACUGUACAAGCGGCUUUGCUUGGGCCUACCCCGUGCUUGCAUGAUGUAUUUGGUUGUGCAUGUAGAUACAUUUUUUUAUUUUAUAAUCCUCUUGUUUACACAUGAAUGGUGGUGUUAGUAAUUAUAUUUAAUCACAAUCUACUGGUAUACAACAUGGAUGUUGCCAAACUUGGGUAAAUGUACAAAUUAUGAGCAGUAAUCCAAAUAAACUGAAAUACAUGUUAACUUUUGUAUAUUUCUUCCGGAGCAGUGAGAUGACGCUUCUAUUUCAGUAAAAAGGUGCAUAUCUGACCCUGUGAACUGCCCCACAACACAUUCUGCUUUCAAGGGGAAAUAAUGUUUUGUUUUGUAUAUAAGUUUGUUCAAUGCAGUUCCAGCUUUGUGUUCUGUGCAUAGCUCAAACUGCGCUUUAGUUCUGUAAGUGCUACGUUUUCACUUUCUUUUGAAGGGGACUGGGUUCUUUUUAGUUUGUGUGAAAACUAAAGCUAGUUUGACAUAGUUAUUUUCUCCUUUCUCUGCAUGCUGCAUCUUAUGCUGUGAGACUGUUGGAAACUUGAUACUGUAUGAAAAUAAAAAGAAACUUUGAAACAUUGUAAA